GUCAAACUUGAAGUGUGUUGGCCUUGGCGCCCGCUCAAGGCGCAUUGGUAGUGUUUGACUUGCGUCUGAGGAGGACGAAGACGUUGGACAGAUUGAGCCAAUCAGGUGCCCCAACUUCUUGUGCAAUUGAGUCGCCAAGGUGUCAAGGAGUGGAUAGUAGGAUAAAACUGGCCGGUGCGCCCGUGAUUGUCUGAAGGUCCGCAGACAUGUCGACUUUUGCAAAGCCGGAGAAUGCUCUCAAGCGCGCUGAAGAGCUGGUCAAUGUCGGCCAGAAGCAGGCCGCGCUGCAGGCGCUGCACGACCUCAUCACGUCCAAGCGCCAUCGUGCAUGGCAGAAGCCCCUGGAGCGCAUCAUGUUCAAGUACGUCGAAUUGUGCGUCGACAUGCGCAAGGGGCGCUUCGCCAAGGACGGACUCAUCCAGUACCGGAUCGUCUGCCAGCAAGUCAACGUCAACUCCUUGGAAGAGGUCAUCAAAUACUUUUUGAAGCUGUCCACGGAAAGAGCGGAGCAGGCGCAGGCUGCGGCUGCGGAGGUGGUGCUCGAUGUUGAUGACCUGGAGGCAGAGAAGCGGCCCGAGGAUCUGAUGCUGUCGUACGUCAGUGCGGAGAAGGGCAAGGAGCGGAAUGACAGGGAGCUCGUCACGCCGUGGUUCAAGUUCCUGUGGGAGACGUACAGGACGUGCCUGGAGAUCCUGAGGAACAACUCAAAGCUGGAGUCGCUGUACGCGAUGACGGCCCACAAGGCGUUCCAAUUCUGCCUCCAGUACAAGCGCACGACCGAGUUCCGGCGGCUGUGCGAGAUCCUGCGGAACCACCUGACCAACCUCAACAAGUACCGCGACCAGAGGGACCGCCCCGAGCUGUCCCUCCCCGAAACCCUCCAGCUGUACACUGAGACCCGCUUUGAGCAGCUCAAGGUUGCGACCGAACUGGAGCUGUGGCAGGAGGCGUUCCGCUCGGUGGAGGACAUCCACGGGCUGAUGUCGCUUGUGAAGAAGGUCCCCAAGCCGCAGUUGAUGGCGGCGUACUACGCCAAGCUGACCAAGAUCUUCCAGGUUGCGGGCAGCCACCUGUACCAUGCGUACACGUGGUACAAGCUGUACAACCUGCAGCGCAACUACAACAAGAACCUCACCGCCAAGGACCAGCAGCUCAUGGCAUCUGCCGUGGUGCUCGCCACCCUGGCGAUCGAGCCGUUUGACCGCAAGUUCGGGGCGGGUCACUUUGAGAAUGAGCUGGAGAAGGAGAAGAGCCAGAGGAUGGGCAGCCUGCUCACGUUCAGCUUCGACCUGAAGAAGGAGGCGGUGCCCGCGCUGUCCCGCUCUGCGCUCCUCUCCGAGAUCGUCUCCAAGGGCCUCCUCGCAUAUGUCCCUCAAGAAGUCAAGGACCUCUACUCGCUGCUCGAGACGGAGUUCCACCCGCUGGAUCUGGCUACUCGCUUGGAGCCCCUUUUGGCAAAGCUCGCUGACAUUGGCGACUCGCUCUCGCCAGCGUCGCCGGUCCCGGAGGUUCGCCCCCAGGAGUACGUGGCUGCGUUGCAGAAGGUCACCACCGCUAAGCUGCUAGCUCAGCUGUCGUCCGUGUACCAGACUGUCCGCAUCACGCACCUGUGCAAGCUGAUUCCUUUCGGCGACUUUGGCUACAUUGAGAAGGUGGCCGUGGACGCCAUCAAGUACGGCUUCCUCCCCGCCAAGAUCGACCACAAAAUGGGCACCGUCCGAUUUGGCAUCCAGGACCUCGAGUCUGACCGCAUCAAGAACCACCUGGUGAUUCUUGCCCGCCGCCUGAACAAGGCCGUCAGCCUAAUCCACCCGGAGGCUGCGGACGACAAGGGCAAGGGUAAGGCGCGCAGCGUGGCGGAGCUGAGCGAGCGCAUCCUCAAGGAACACAAGCUGGCGCUUGUGCGCAAGGUCAUCAUCGAGCGGCGCAAGGAGGAUGCCGAGCGGAGCGCGCUCGAGCAGGAGCGUCUGGAAGAGGAGAAGCGGUUGCAGAAGGAGGCGCUGGCGCACGAGGCGGAGCGCAAGCGUCAGGCGCAGGACGCGCACCGGCGGCAGGAGGAGCGCAUCAAGGCCGAGAUUGCGGAGAAGGAGGAGGCCGAGGCGCAGGCGCUGCUGGCCGCGCAGGCCGCCAAGAAGGGCGGCAAGAAGAACCUCGAGAAGGUGCUCAAAAAGGAGGGCGGCAAGCUGAACAAGCGUCAGCUGAUGGAGGAGGCGCUGACGGAGAGCAUCCGCGAGCGGCAGGAGCUGGAGCGCAAGCUGAGCAAGCUGUCCAAGACCAUGGACUACUUCGAGCGCGCCAAGCGCGAGCGCGAGCGCCCGCUGCUGCUCGAGGCCUUCAAGCAGCGCCAGCAGGACGACGAGGUCUACUACAACCAGCAGCAGGAGGAGCUGGCCCGCGAGAGCCAGGAGCAGCACGCCAAGGACCUCAAGGAGAAGCACCGCCUUACGCGCAUGCUGGGCGACAAGAGCACCUUCGAAGAACAAGUCGUCGACCGCCGCCGCGGCGAGUUCGAGCGGCUCAAGCGCGAACGCGAGGAGCGGCUCGCGGAAGCGCGCGAGUUGCGCAAGCAGGAGCGUGCGCAGCGGCGCAAGAUGGAGUACUAUCGGCGCCAGGAGGAGGAGCGCGUGCGCAAGGAGCGGGAGGAGGAGGAGGCGCGCAAGCGCGAAGAGGACGAGAAGAAGCGCGCGGAGGAGGAGGAGCGGCUGCGCAAGCUGGACGAGAUUGCAGCGCGGCAGCGCGAGCGCGAGGCGGAGACCCAGCGGCGCGCGCAGGAGGAGCGCGAGCGCCUGCUCAAGGAGGAGCGCGAGAAGCCCGCCAAGUUCGUGCCGCCCAGCCUGCGCGGGAAGGCCACAGCAGAGCCUGCCGCCCGUGCUGCGCCCUCAGAGGACCGCUGGGAGCGCCCGCGUCCCGCGGCCGGCGAUCGCGACACCGCACCGGCCGCCCCUGCCGCCGCCGCCGUAUCAGAGGACAAAUGGCGCCCCCGCGGCGCCCGCGAACCGGUCUCUUCCCGCGAGCCGUUGCCUGCCCGCUCGGACGACCGGCCGGCCCCUGCACCCGGCAAGUUUGUUCCGGCGCACCUGCGCCGACCGGGGGCAGACUCGGCCGCUGCUGCGCCCCCCCCAGCAAGACCGGCAGACGGGGAGAGGCCGUCCGGGGGAUACGUGCCUCCGUCGAGGAGGGCCGCUGGUUCGUCGGCGUAUCCGUCGCGGGAUAGGGAGGAGCCCAGGGGGGGGUCGCGCAGCAGGUGGUAAAAGGGAGCCGAAGGUGCUGCGUAGGCGUCAACCUUAGGUCGGUUGGUUUGGGGAUAGUAGUUUGAGGGUUUAACGCUUGAAAGCAGAUUGCUGUGUCAGUUGGAAUUGUCAUGGAACCUACUCGAGGAACGUGCUAAUGGUUCAUGUCGAUUGGACGAGACUGCCGUGAAAGUCUUGACUGUGCAUGUAGGUAGAUGGAUUGACUCGCUCAGGGCCAGAUUUUUGAAUCCCUUGCCAGUCCAACGAGCCAGCUGGCUCUGUAAGUUUUCCAUAUUCGGCUAUACGGUUUUCGG